ACACAGUCGCAAGAUGAAGGUUUAUGGACUGAUGUUAAUAUUUAUGGCCUCAAUUCUUGAAUUUGGGGAAGGUAUUUGCAAUUUUAGUGGAUUAUGUACGAAACAAGAAAAUGUCAGCUAUACAGUGAAGGAUUUAAGAAUUUUUUCGCGAUUUUUUUAUUCAUUUCUUUAUUUGUUCAAUAUUUAGCAAGUUCAUUUAUUUUUGCUAUAGGUUGUCGAGAUUUGUCAAGUUACUGUCUAUACUACAGAAGAUCUUGUGGCACUAACUAUGCUUAUAUGUACAAAAACUGCAGAAGAACUUGCGGGUGGUGUCCCAGAGUCUAUGUACCACAACCAUGCAGGGAUGUCUCGUCGUCUUAUAAUUGCCGGACGUGGAAGUAUUAUAAUUACUGUCAUUACAGGAGCCGCUAUUAUAAUUCAAUGAAAUAUUAUUGCAAAAGAACUUGUGGUUUCUGCAGAACUGUCAGGCCUACUAGAAGUCCGCGAAAAACAAUCAAAAAGCCGAAGGUUACUAUUAAAAUUCGCCCACCACCUCGACCAACAACAAAAACUACAACAACAAAAACGACGACGACUACUACAACCACAACAAGACCUACAACCAAAACAACAACAACUAAAACUACCACCAAAGUUCCGACAACAACGACCACAACGACAACUCGCACAACAACUAAAAUGCCGACAACGACAACCAAAACUAGUACUACAAUUAAAGCAACGACGACGGCAACAACAACUAGUACUACAACUAAAGUACCGACGACGUGGACGACAACUAAAGUAGAAAUAACAAAGAAAAACAAAAAGGUUUCAGUAAAAAAAAUUAUAAGAAGUAAAGAAGAUAUAUUUACCGGCAAAUCCGAUAACAAAGAUAUCGUUGAUUCCUGUACAGAUUUACGACCAGGCUUUUGUCAUACAGCUGGUACAUCACCAUUUAUUUAUUGUCAGUAUAAAGCUGGAAGAAAGCAUAAAUUGUUUUUGAUGUUAAACGAUGUAUGUCGUAAAACAUGUGGCUUAUGCGGUAAUGCAAAACAUUGUGGUUACCAGAGAAAAAGGCCAAUCCUUCCAGCUGGAAUGAAGCCAUUUCCUGGUGGUUGGACAUGGCAAGCAGCUAUCUAUAAAGAUAACAAUUACUACUGCUCCGGUGCAUUAAUCGCACGAAGACUUGUGUUAACUUCCUUAGAGUGUGCUAAAAAACUUCAAGACGUGUCCGAAGUUUCAGUCAGGCUGGGAAUAUACUCAAGAAAUUCAAAUGAAGGACAAGAAUACAAAGUUGUAAGUUUCACGUACUAUUCCACCCCACAAGAAGAAAACGCCCAACAUGAGAUAAGCAUACUGACAUUAGAAACAUCUGCCAUAUUGAAUUAUUAUGUUGGUCUCAUAUGUUUACCAGAUAAAGACGUUGAGGAGAAAGCUGAGUGCUUUGUCACAGGUUGGGACAGACCAUCACCAUUUUCUGACCACAGCGACACACUCGAAGAAACCAAAAUGUCAAUUCUGUCCGAAGGCAAAUGCAAAAAAAAUUUUCCUGCAAAAGAAAUGUUGAAAAAUAGAUUUUGUGGGAAAAGCAGUAUGCAAAAAGUUCGGGGUGACAUUGGAGGACCUCUGGUGUGCAAAUCAAGGACAGGAUAUUGGGCUCUGCAAGGUCUUGUGUAUUUUGGUGCAUCUCAAGAUGAUGGAAGACAUCGUUAUACUUUGUUCACAAACAUUUAUAAAUAUAGAACGUGGAUUAACGAUAACAUCAAGAGAAGUGAAAGCAUCGUCAAUAGAUGGGAACAUGUGAAUGAAUAUUCAUGAUUAUUCGAGGUUAUCGCACCAGCUUAACGAUUAAUUUUGACACAAAAAACAUGCAAGCUGGACAAGAUGGUAUUAAUCCCUACAUGAUAAAAUGUAUAAUCAUUAACCACCUACCAUACAUUUUGUAUCUAUAAGUAUUUCAAAACUAAUAUUAGUAAAAAUUAGUCCAAAAAACUUC